GGUGGGGCGUGCGCUGGUGCUUAAGAGAGGUGGGAGCGUGAAGAUGGCAGCGCUUGAAGAAGAGCCAAAGCCCAAAAAGCUGAAGGUGGAGGCGCUGCGAACGCUGAGUGAAAAUAUUCUCUUUGGAAUGGGAAAUCCUCUUCUUGACAUCAGUGCUGUAGUGGAUAAGGAUUUCCUUGAUAAGUAUUCUCUUAAACCAAAUGACCAAAUCUUGGCUGAAGACAAACAUAAGGAACUGUUUGAUGAACUUGUAAAAAAAUUCAAAGUUGAAUAUCAUGCUGGUGGAUCUACCCAGAAUUCAAUUAAAGUGGCUCAGUGGAUGAUUCAGCAGCCACACAAAGCAGCAACAUUUUUUGGAUGCAUCGGGAUAGAUAAAUUUGGGGAGAUCCUGAAGAAAAAAGCCGCUGAAGCCCAUGUGGAUGCUCAUUACUAUGAACAGAAUGAGCAGCCAACAGGAACUUGUGCUGCAUGCAUCACUGGUGGCAACAGAUCCCUUGUAGCUAAUCUUGCUGCUGCUAAUUGUUAUAAAAAGGAGAAACAUCUUGAUAUGGAGAAAAACUGGAUCUUGGUAGACAAAGCAAGAGUUUAUUAUAUAGCAGGUUUUUUCCUCACAGUUUCCCCAGAGUCAGUUUUAAAAGUGGCUCACCAUGCUUCUGAAAACAACAGAAUUUUCACUUUGAAUCUGUCUGCACCAUUUAUUAGUCAGUUCUACAAGGAAUCAUUGAUGAAAGUCAUGCCUUAUGUUGACAUACUUUUUGGAAUGAGACGGUGAGAAGCUGCCACUUUUGCUAGAGAGCAAGGCUUUGAGACUGAAGAUAUUAAAGAAAUAGCCAAAAAGACACAAGCUCUGCCAAAGGUGAACUCGAAGAGGCAGCGAAUUGUGAUUUUCACCCAAGGGAGAGAUGACACUAUACUGGCUACAGAAAGUGAAGUCACUGCUUUUGCUGUCUUGGAUCAAGACCAGAAGGAAAUUGUUGAUACCAAUGGAGCUGGAGAUGCAUUUGUUGGAGGUUUUCUGUCUCAACUGGUCUUUGACAAACCCCUGACUGAAUGCAUCCGUGCUGGCCACUAUGCAGCAAGUGUCAUAAUUAGGCGGACUGGCUGCACUUUUCCUGAGAAGCCAGACUUCCACUGAUGGAAAAGCAGGACACCCCAGCCCAGGAGUACAGACGCGGCUCUGAUUGCUUCCCGAGAACUCCCGUAUUAAUGAAGAAGAAAAUUACCUGCCACCUUUCUUACUAUAAUAAUGUUCAUUCUUAAUUUAGAGGGUACAGUAAUGCACAGUAGAAUCUCUAUUCUCUCAAAAACCUAAAAAGUGAGGUUUAUUUCCAUAGUUUGGUAGUACCACUUAAAUGUCAAUUAAACAAGCAUAUAACAUUUCAAUAGAAA